AUGAAGGUUCUACGGCAUGAAGAAUUUAGUGAAGGUUGUGAAGCAGCCUGUAAUGGGCCUUAUGCAAAUAGGUGGAGUAAAACUAUGGUUGGCUAUGGCCCUGAAGACAAUCAUUUUGUAGUAGAGCUCACAUACAAUUAUGGAAUUACACAUUAUGAACAGGGAAAUGAUUUCCUUGGCAUCACAAUACAAUCUAGUGAAGCUUUGAAGAGAGCUACAGCAACAAAUUGGCCCAUAGAAGAAUCAGAUGGCCUUAAGUUUGUUAAAGCACCCGGUGGUUACAAGUUCUACAUUGUUGAUAAGCCUCAACCCCUAGACAAGGAUCCAGUGAUCAAGGUGGCUUUAGCAAGUUCAAACUUAUCGAGAUCUGUUGAUUACUGGAAUGGUCUACUGAAUCUGAAAAUAUUCGAGAAGAAGGACAAGUCGGCCGUGCUGGGCUUUGCUGACGAUCAAGCGAAAUUGGAACUAGUCGAUAUUGGUGGACCGGUGAACCACGCUAAGGCGUACGGCCGCAUCGCGUUCUCCUGCCCCUUCGAGGAGCAGCCGAUCAUCGAUCAGAAGGUGCGCGAGGCGAACGGCAAGAUCCUGACCCCGCUGAUCUCCCUGGACACUCCGGGCAAGGCGACCGUGCGCGUGAUCAUCCUUGCCGACCCCGACGACCACGAGAUCUGCUUCGUGGACGACGAGAGCUUCCGCCAGCUGUCCCAGGUGGACCCCAACAGCGACGCGGACCUGGACAAGUUCAUCAAGUCCGACAAGUCCAGGGCG